AUGGAAUCUCGCCCACGAAAUGAUUCGCUCUUGUCCCUCCCUUCAAUCGCACAUGAUGAGACGACAUCGUUGGAAUCACAGAACGGAAAGCCAGCGCAGGAAAUCGCUCCUUGGUCUCAUCCUGUCGCACAGUUCGUCUCUCUCGGUACUUGCGAUGGAACAAAUGAGUUUAUUGCGAACCCAUGUUACCCGCUUCGCCUCCUGCCUGUUCCGAAUUCCGUGACUGGCUCCGACACCAGGUACAGUCUGGUCGCUGCUCGGGAAGUAAAGAAGCAGGAGAGAGACCUUUACCCAGCACGAGAUAUCGACCGGAUCCAAUCAGCAUUUGCCGCGGCCCUUUUUAUCAAAACUCCUGACAAUCCACUGAUGCUUUCCCAGGUCUCUGUCCAGCCCGGCGGUUGCUUCACCGGCGACGAUUGGUUGAUUCACCAAUUCUCAUCCCCAGAGGGUGUGAAGCUGGACCAGGAUGGCUUGUCGUCUGCUUGCCUGUUGCCCUUAGCAAGGCUUCGGUUCGACACGUCUGCCUCCGCACCCGUCCGCCUGCAUCAGAAUCCAGGACCUUUUUCACCCUCUACGAUGGUCGGCUUCUACGGGGGUUCGAGCCCGCCGCUGACAAUGGCUGACAUGCACGGAGCUCAAAUCAUGAAAUUCCACCGGGCAUACAGACAUACUGUAAGUGCUGUUAGGCACGAACAGUCGCUUCCUCAACACAUGCCAGAGAAGCCGCUUCCCGGUUGGUUCCCGGAGGUUCCUGGGCACCUUCAACAAAACGGUACGAGCAGAUACAUAGCCGUCACGGCCGGUACAAGACCACGCUUUGAUGGUAUCAAGUUCUUCGGCACAACUUGGGUCCCAAAUGGUCUGGUUGUAGCAAAUCGUGACAAGCUUGGCUAA